UUUAUAUAUAAUAUCUGACACUCUAGUUGAUUAGUUAGCACUUAGCAUUAGUAGUACUUGUUAUUAUUGUUAUUUCAUAUUGUCAGAUCCUGCUUCAUUUCUUAACUUGUGAAGCAUUCAGAUACAACUGAUGCCCAUUUCCUAAAAUGCAGGUUCUGAUAUGGAUUUUCAAGUUCUUGGUCAUUCUUUCAAUCAUUUGUUUUUCUUUGCAAGGAGCGCCAGCAUGCUCAGACGUCGACAGAGCUGCCCUUCUUGGGUUUAAAGGCGUGAUCUUUAAGGACACAACUGGGAUUUUGGCCUCUUGGGUAGGGAAGGAUUGCUGUGAUGGAGGUUGGGAAGGAGUUGAAUGCAAUCCGGGAACGGGGAGAGUGACACAGUUGCAAUUGCAGAGGCCAGAGGGGGAUGCUUCUAAAUUCAUGAAGGGCAGUCUGUCUUCUUCUCUUGGUGAAUUAAGGUUCUUGGAAGUGAUGAUUAUCAGUGGGAUGAAAAGAAUCGGAGGAAGCAUUCCUGAAAGCUUCUCGAAUCUUACUAGCCUCACGCAACUAGUGUUGGAAGACAAUGUACUUGAGGGCAACAUUCCUUUGAGUUUAGGUCAGUUGCCCUCUCUCAUGGUAAUAUCAUUAAGUGGCAACCAUUUGACUGGUACUAUUCCCCCAGCCUUUGGGAAUUUAAGAAACAUUGUCCAGCUUACGUUAGCGAGAAACUUCCUUCAAGGUCCUAUCCCAGUCGGAAUUAAGAAUCUCCUCAGUUUACAGUAUCUUGAUCUUAGUCACAAUUCCUUGUCUGGGUUCAUCCCACUUUACAUAGGCCAAUUCAAAAAACUGACGUUCCUUGAUUUUUCCAACAAUCAAUUAUCAGGUGAAAUUCCCGCGUCAUUAGGCAGUCUAGCAAGUCUUUCAGACUUGUCUUUAAGCAAUAAUCAAUUCACUGGGAGGAUCCCGGAUGAAAUUGGACAUCUGAAAUCCCUUACCAGUCUGUCAUUGAGCUUGAACAAGCUUAGUGGUCAAAUUCCCGAAACUUUAUCACAUUUACAGAACCUAUGGUACCUCAACUUAUCAAGUAAUGCUCUUUCAGAUCCUUUGCCUAUUGCCUUUGACAAGGGCAUCCCUUCAUUGUUAUCUGUAGAUUUGUCUCACAACAAGCUUAACUUAGGGACAGUUCCUGUAUGGAUUACUAAUAGGGAACUCUCUGAUAUCAAAUUAGCCGGAUGCAACCUUAAUGGAACACUCCCAGCCUUCACAAAACCAAAUUCCUUGACCACCAUCGAUCUAUCUGAAAACCAUUUCACUGAUGGGAUUUCAAAUUUCUUCACUAGAAUGUCUCGCCUGCACAAGGCCAAGUUAUCGAACAAUCAACUGAAGUCUGAUCUCUCUCUGAUCACCUUGCCAACAGGACUUACCUCUCUUGAUCUCCAUUCUAACCAACUAUUUGGGUCUCUUUCAAGUAUAUUGAACAAGACAAGCAACUCAAUGCAAACUAUUGAUUUGACAAACAAUCAAAUUUCUGGCAAUCUUCCAGAGUUUACCGAAGGCUCAAGUUUAACUUCGCUCAGCAUCGGGAGCAAUAAGAUCUCUGGCCAAAUUCCUAAUUCUAUCUCAAACCUAGUUAUGCUUCAAAGGUUAGACAUUUCAAGAAAUCAAGUAACAGGCCCAAUACCUGCAAGCUUAGGGUUGUUGCUCAAGUUGCAAUGGUUAGACCUGUCCAUCAAUACACUUGAAGGGAAAAUUCCAGUAAGCUUGCUAGAUAUCGAGAAGCUAAGUCAUGCAAAUUUCAGGGCAAACAAAUUAUGUGGCAUGAUUCCACAAGGAAAACCGUUUAAUACUUUCCCUUCAACUGCUUAUGGGCACAAUCUGUGCUUAUGCGGCAAGCCAUUGCCACCAUGCAAGGAAAUGGACAAUGAAAGAUGAAGCAACAAAAUGCUUGUUAAAUUUAAAGAAAGUAGAGAUUGUGCUCAUUACUCAUAUCAUAUGAGCAUUUAAGAACUUUGUGCAGGCCUAUUUAGUAGCUUACAUUUUUUUCCUUGACUUGUUAAUUUAAUUGAACAAAUAAAUCACAUGUAUAUGAUUUUACUUCCUA